AUGCAUCUCUGGAAGCACGAGUUUCGAGGCAAGGCACUGGUCUUCGCUAUUGCCGCCGCCUCAUGCCAGGCCUUUCUCCUCCUUGGCUUCGAUCAGGGCGUCAUGGCCGGUAUCAUUGGUGCUGAGAACCGAUUCGGGCGCGAUUUCAACAACCCCGACGCUGACAUGCAGGGGAACAUUACCGCGCUGUACGAUAUUGGGUGUGUGAUCGGCUCGAUUGUGUGUUAUUUUGUCGGUGAGCGGUUUGGUCGACGGACAAUGCUCAUCAACGGAGGAGGAAUCAUGAUUGUCGGUGCUAUUAUUCUGACGACGUCCGAGACUGUUGCCCAGCUCAUUGUUGGGAGAAUUGUCACUGGCAUUGGGAACGGAAUGAACUCGUCGACUGCGCCCGUUUAUCAGUCCGAGUGUGCGCCGUCUAGAUAUCGAGGUGCACUCCUUACACUCCAGGGGACGUUUACUAUCCUUGGUGUCGUUAUUGCUUAUUGGAUGGAUUACGGAACGAGCUUCACAGAAUCUUCCUUCCAAUGGCGCUUUCCUCUCGCCUUCCAAGCCGUCUUUGCCAUCCUCCUCGUCCUGCAAGUCAUCGGCCUCCCCGAAACCCCUCGCUGGCUUGUGCAGCACGACCGGCACGAAGAAGCCCGCGCCGUCGUCGGUGCCAUCGAGAAUAAACCCAGUAACGACCCCGAGGUCAUUCGCACAGUCCUCGACAUCCAGGUCGGAGUCGAAGAAGAACACAAAGGCGGGCCCUUCCGCUUCAAGGAACUCUUUACCUGGGGCGAUGAGCAGAACUUCCGUCGUCUGCUUAUCAUCAUCUCCGUCGAACUAGGCCAGCAGUUCACUGGAUCCAACAUGAUCAAUUACUACGGUCCUGUGAUGUUCCAGACGACGAUGGGAAUGGGUCGCAAUCUCGCUAUGAUCCUUGGCGGGGCUAUUCAGUGCACUUAUCUGGUUGGGUCUGCGAUCCCCGUCCUGCUCAUGGACCGUUUCGGGCGGCGGACAUUGCUUAUGAUCUGCUCGAUCGGGCUGUGCUUUUGCUUCGUCAUGGUCUCGAUCUUGCUCUCGCUUGAAAAUACAAACGCAGCAUACGGUGCCACAGCGUUCAUAUUCAUCUUCCAGCUGUUCUAUGGGACUGGAUGGCUUCCCGUCCCAUGGUUCUACCCGAGUGAGAUCUCGACGACGCGGACUCGCACUCGCAUGCAGGCCAUUGCCUCGGGCUGGAACUGGAUGGCUGUCUUUGCCGUGGUGAAAAUCACACCCAUCGCUUUUGACAACAUCGGCUGGCGCACGUUCAUAAUAUUCGCCGUGCUCAACGCCGUCUUCAUCCCCAUGGUCUACUUCUUCUACCCCGAGACCAAGGGCCUCGAGCUUGAGGAUAUUCCGCUCCUCUUUGCGAAGCGCGGGUUCACGGGUGGUGUGUUUACGUCAAAGGGUGGACGCACGGUCAUCCCUGGGCAGCAUGCACAGCAGACGGAGGUUGGCAGGAAGGUUGAGGGGUUGGGGGUUGAGCAGGUGGAGACUGUUACGUGA